CAAGCAGGUUAAAGCCUGAUAUCAAAUUAUAUCACCUGCUACAGAAGACAUGGCGCUAAUCUCUUUACUUAAGAUAGCUAACAUUGCAAGCUGUGAUUGUUUUUAAUGCAAUCUUUAUAUAGCUUCGUAAUCUUAGUGUUAGUAGGUAAAGAAGUGGCUUGAACAGCUCCAGGCAGCCUCUGCCCAUCUGUACCCCAGGAGGGAAGCUACAUCCUUGGCCACAGGCUCCAGGAAGCCAGCCCUCUUGCUCUCCACCAUGGACGAGACAGAUGUGGAACAGGUGACCCUGGCUCUACUAGAUGCGGCCACCGAUAAAGACUCAGAAGUCCAGGAACAGGUCAGAAAGUCUAUGUUGACCCUGGGAAAACAGCAGCCAGACAGAGUGUUAGCCAUGUGUCAGGACUACCUUCUGAAACACCCAAAGUUGGUAGUGACGCACAGAGUUGUGAUUCUUCAGACUAUUGAGCUGAUUGUGGGCUGCGGGAUAGAGGAAAUCAGUUACCCCAGGAUAAAGAGCAUCAUCUCCCUGGCCUCAGAUGAGAUGACACGAUCAAAGGAGGUCAUCCCUGAUUGGCAGCAGGCAGCCAGUAAUAUCUUGGUUGCUGUGGGUAACAAGCACAUCAAUGACAUCAUGGAGGAGAUACUAAGCAAGUUUCAGCCGGGGCUCCUACCUCACUUCUUUGUGGUCCAGACACUAGCCAACCUUUCUGACUCCAAUGUUUAUGGCAUGGUACCCUUCCUGAAUGCUAUUCUGGGCACCAUGUUGCCUAUGCUGAGCAUGGCCAAACAGGACAACAUGAAGUGGGUCUUCUCUUCUGCUCUGUGUCAUUUCAGCGACAGUAUCUUGGAGUACCUCGCCAACCUGGACAAAGCUCCAGAUCCCACAGUCAGAAAAGACACAUUCUCCAGUGAAAUCUAUGCUGCUUUCGACAUCCUCUUCAAUAAUUGGUUACAAAGCAGGGAGUCUAAGUUGAGGCUAACAGUAGCUGAGGCAGUGGGCUCUAUGUGCCAUCUGAUGGCCAGUGAUAAACUGGAAGAGCAGAUUCCUAAACUCAUUCCUGCCAUCCUGUCCCUGUACAAGAAAAACAACGAGCACUAUGUCAUUAGCAAGAGUCUGUGCCAAGUGCUUGAUGCUUCUGUCAACAUGGGCAGCAGGGUGCUGGAGAUACAACUGGACGGUCUACUCUUUGCACUGCAUCAACAGGUGUCCGCUCCUGUUGAUUACAUUAACCCUCCUACUGUUAAGAACCACAACGAGGUCCUGCGCUGCUUCAGCUUACUAGCUAACUCCUUCCCAGAUCGGCUGAUUGUGUUUGUUCUUCAAAAAUUGGAGAACAGUAAUGAGCGAAGCAGGAUGGGCUCUCUGGCUGUCCUUCGUCACCUCAUCAACUCAACCACUUCCACAAUGGAGGGUAAGAAGCUGCUGAUUUUGGCCAGCAUCAGACAACCAAUGGCUGACCACAGCAACAAGGUCAAAAAGCGCGUGGUCCAGGUGAUCAGUGCAAUGGCUCAUCAUGGCUACCUGGAGUUAGACGGAGGAGAGUUACUGGUUCGAUUCAUAGUUCAACACUGUGCCUUACCUGACACGUAUCAGCGAGGCCAGAGGCCCACAGAUCCAGAGGAGGUGACUAACGAGGCACUGAGGACCAUGUGUGACAACACCCUUCAUCUUCUGACCACCACUGUUGGACGACUAGCUGAUGUGCUAUGGCCAAAGCUGCUGUACUAUCUGACCCCUUCCCAAUACAGCAAUGCGACCACUCCUCUGUGUAAGAGUCUGAUAGUGCUGGGCAACAAGAAGAAAAAUAACCAGGAGCCCAGCUUCAACAUAGACUUUACACAGGAAGUCAAUCUGCCCUCUCCUCAAACACUAAUGGUCAGACUGCUGGUAAAUACAGCGUUCCCGUUCAAUAGCAGAGGUCAUGGAGCUCCGUCCCUCUCUCUCCUUCAAAUCCUCAGUAUCAACAUUCACCCCAAUACAGAGAUACUGUGGGAGAAAGAGAUACCUCCUCUGCUUUCAAUAUUGGACGAAUCAACGGCAGAGAGCCUGGAUAAGAAGCACUGGGAUGAAAAGUUGCUGAAGCUCCUGUCUAAAACCCUGGCUACUAUUGAUGAUGACAAGUGGGUGUGUCAGUUGGCAGCUGAGGCAACAAGAUACCUCUCCACAUAUAACAAUGCCUUAGAGGAGAAGAACUUCCUGUAUCGAUGUAUAGGAGUGACUCUCCAACAGUGUUUCAAUAAGGAGGUGGUUAAAAAACAGCUGCAGGAAAUCCUGCUCACAGCUCGACACAAUGAUGCCAUGGAAAGAGAGGGAGUUGCAAUGGGCGUCGGUCUGUGUGCCAACAGCCACUUAGAGGGAACUCUGGCAAAGCUGGAUGAGUUUGGCAAAUCAGACGCCUUCAAGAAGUCACCAAGCAUCUUCAACCUUCUCAAAGAGCGUAAUGAUGUUGAGGUAGAGAAGGUGAAAAGCACAUUAAUCUUGUGUUAUGGACAAGUGGCUCUGAACGCACCUCCAGAAAAGAUACUGAGCCGCAUUGAUCAAGACAUCCUUCGCUGCAUCAGUAAACACUUCAAUACCAAGGUUCUGGGGAUUAAAGUAGAGACAAAGGACUUGACUAUGAAGCUCAGUUUGAUCCAGAGUGUUGGGUUCAUAGCCAGAGCCAUCAGCGAGUGUGUGAAGAAACAAGGCUACAUCUUCUCUCGCAAACAGGAGCUCAUUACUGUUAUGCUGGAUUUUAUCAAGGCAGAGCCAGCUGAUUCAAUGAGGACUCCAGUACGCCAUCUUGUGAUGACCACCUGUGCCAAUCUAAUGCCUCUGGACCCUGCGCUGAGUGAGAAUGAGAGCUUUGACUUGCUAAAGGUGUGUGUGAACAGUGUGUUCUCUCUGCCGCUUGAGACACACACUCCAGAGAAAACUAAAGAAGAGGAGAUACUGGACCCCAAGCAGAGAAAGGCAUUGUACAAAGACACGUUGGCUGCACUGCAAGAGCUGCUAAAAAGUGUACUGGCAAGGGAUCCCACACCUGAUGGCCUGCAGAGUGUUUUCAAGCACAUUGAGUCAUGGUUGAGCUCCGGACAGGACCACGAGAGAGAGAGAGCUGUCACAGCUACUGCUCACAUACUGGCUUACUACCUGGAUAACCUGACUGUCAAGAACAUGGUGUCUUUCCACAACCUUGGAGCUCUGCUGGGUCGCCUGUCUCCACGAUGUUCUGACCCUCACCCUGCUGUACGCACUGCUGCUAUGGACUGUAUAUACACACUGAUUUAUAUACAGCUACGCUAUGAAGGUUUCUCCCUAGAUUAUAAGGAUGAAGCUGUGGACAGUCUGUUGUCCCUAAAAGACCAACUAGAAAAUCCUGACCACUCAGUUCUAUAUAAGACCUGCUCCGACCUCACCAAGGUGAUGAGUAAGCGUCUGCCUCAGCAGCAGCUGAAGACAUUGGUGUUCAUGUUGUUUGAAGGGCUGGUCGACAGUCAGACAAACUGCUGCAGAGCGUCUUCUGUCAUCCUAAAUACUUUGCUGAAGAACAGAGGAGGAGGACUACAAGAGCUGGUCCCAGAGAUGAUGGAGGUGCUACAUAUACGUCUGCAGAGCAUCACAGAGGAGCAGGUGAGAGUGGCAGCUGGACAGACGGUUCUAAUCCUGGCUUCUCAGCAUCUACAGACUGUUAUCAAUACACUAGUUAACCAACCACUUCCUUAUGACAGCUGGACUAGUGAGAUGUGGAUGGCCUUGGGGGCAGACCCCAUCGUAGCCAGUCAGAUCAUUGAGAUGGUGAUGGAGAAGCUUGUCAUCAUGGCACCCUAUGUAGACAGGAAGGAGUCAAUGAUCAGGGGAGGGACAACAAAGGUGGCCACCAAUCAGCCACUAGCUAUGACAUGUGGUCUCAAAGAACUGUUACUAAAUGGCCAGAGUCAGGAGCCGGCAGUCAGUCUGUUUCCUCGGCUCUUCUCCUGUCUCACUGUCAGACUGGGAGCAAGUGUUGGAGUCUCAGCACCGAAGGACAACAACACUAAACACACUGCCGCUGUCCAUGUAGCAGGAGUAGCCGCUGAUGCCCUGCGAAUCUUGUUGGCACGGGCCCAGUUAGAUGAGGUGAUGAAAAGACUGGAUGAAGAUAACGCCUGGGACACAAUGAGGGAACCGAAUACACACAUUACUGGAAUUACACUACUGGCAAGGGCAAUGGCUAAGCAUGCUGGUCCCAGGUUGCCCGCCAUCGUAGAGUGUCUGUGUCCCUCCUUAAACAACAUCUACGAAUGCCAGAGAAUCACUGUCACUGCUUUCUUCUCUGAGCUCUUAAACCAUCACGUGGUGACGGAGUUAAUGUUGAUAGACGUGUUAAUGAACAACAUGAUGGAGAGGAUAUCAGAUCCCUGUUGCACUGUCCGCAUGUUGUCUGUGCGGGGGCUGGGCAAUUUAGCCGUGGGAUCACCUGAAAAGGUGAAUAAAUAUGCCAAGGAGCUGCUGGCAGCCAUGAGUUCAGGCAUGGAGGAGAAAGACGACCCAGGUAAGCUGAUUACGCUUGAAGCCAUGUCGGGUCUUUCUAAAGUCCUCCUCUACCUGGACAAGAAGAAUGUCCACUUGCUAGUGGUCUAUAUCUUCAUGAAGAUUAAACCAUUCUUGGAAAGUGAGAAUGAUGAGAUUCGCUGUGCUUCCAUCCAUCUAAUGGGGAACCUGUCCAAGUUUGGCUCAGGAGAGCCAGUGUUCAAAGACCAGAUCCACAAUGUUCUGGUCAGCCUGCUCUUACACCUGGUUGACCCAAACCCACAGGUGGUCAAGGCGUGUAAGUAUGCAAUGCGAGUGUGUGCUCCUGUGGUGGGAUCAGAGCAGAUCACAGCCAUGUUUCGGAACCACCUCCAUGAUGACAAGAGCUUGCACUACGGAGAGUUCAUUAAUGACCUCACCAAGUACCUGAUUCAGGAUUUUCCAGGCAUGCUGAAUUUUUAUCACAUCUCAGUCAUCCAGUUCUUCAAGAGCAACUGGCCUGAGGUCAGAGCAGGAGCCGCCAUGUUUAUAGGGUUUCUGCUGGGGAAUCUUUCAGAGGAGCACCUGUCCCACCUCAACAUGGGUACCAUCACUAAAGGUUUAGUGAUGCUGCUCCAAGAUCCAGAUCCUGUGGUGAGAGUGAAGGCUGCUGAGGCCAUGGGACGUUUCCACUGAUACAAAGACCUAGAUACAAAUCUCAGCGUUUCCUUUUAGUCACAAGUUGUAAGUCGCUAUUACAUGAAAAGAUAAAGAAUAUUAAUGAUUUGGCCUGCAGUUUAAAAAAAAAACAUGUAGAGCCCACCACUGAUAUGUGCAGUCAUUAUAACAGAAUUCAAAUAAUGCAACUACAACCUUCAUUAAAACCAAAACAUGGACCAAAACAGGAACAAAUGUGGAGCCAGAAGCCAAAGUAUCAGAUUUACCAAUGUUAAAAAAUCAUAGAAAACGAACAUUGAUAAUACACUCUCAUACACACAAAUGCACAUACAUUUAGCCGUUAGCAGCUUUGUUUAGCUUCUUCUGACACUUAACUACUUGAAUGGCACUUGAAAGGAAGUGUUAAUUCUUAACUAUAUUUUAGUGACCAAAGACUGUGUUGCUCUAUACAGAUAGAUGCUGUCUAUAGCAUUUAGCGUUCUGUCAGUGUGACAAUACUGUGUUCUAUCAAUAAAACUUACCAUGCGUCAGAAAGUUUCGAAUGAAAGGGUUAAAAACACAUUUGAACUUGAGUAAAAAGGUUUUUAGAAUAAUACAGUUUCUUCAGAUAUUUUGUGCAAAUGAUAACAAUAAUGCACAUUUAACGUACAUGAUAAUGAUUUCACAUGACUGGCUGGUAGCAAAUAUGUGUGUGUGUGUGUGUGGUCAUACCAGCAUUUCGUGAUAGUGUUGUGGAUGUUAGUUUUAGUUUCAGACAUCCUCUUUUAGAGAUAGUUCAAAUGUGGUGGGCUUGGUAUCGUUCUUUACACAAAUCAGCUUUAUCCCUGCCCUCCAUGAAGAUCCAAUGAAACAUUUGAGGUCAGUUAAAUGUGCGGUACCAUGAGUAAAUAAAUGUGAUGUCUAUAAUAGAAAUAACUGCUAAAAAUGCUGAAUGCACAAGAGCUACAGCAGGACUUCACUUUGUUUUAAGGUCACCUCCAUUUCUAAGCCAUAAUGACGCUGUUUAUGAAUCACUGCCACCGCUACGCUACGCUAAAUGGCUACACUGGACACUUCCUGGUGUAACAAUAAUGUCUUUGGUCCACUUCAGGCGGCUGCUUUGACCGCUUUCUGUUUCAUCUCCACAUAGUUUAUGAUUCAGUUUCACAUUAAGGGUCACAAGAGUGUUCAGCCAUGCUCUGUAGGGACAUUAAUUACCACCAGAACAUCAGCAGGCAUCCUGUGGCAGCCAUCAUAAACACACCAGCCAAGUGACAGCUCAGAAUCAUUUUAAUGUGGUGACCCUUUUCUUUUCAUCCACGGUUUGCAUCACCAUAUAACACAUCAUUCUGAAAGAGGUGAACAGUAUUUUGUGUUGCCAGGCUAAACUUACAGACCUAACUCUUCUCUGAACCAGCCAGUUCCAGCCAGUCAAACCAUUUCUUACCAGUGUUGUUCGGCAGAACAGACCAGUGUAGCCAUGCUAAAAACAGUUAGUGCCAAAUGUUCAUUGACAACAUAUAUUAUAAUACACUAUAGAGAUGCUGUUAAUGAUUUUGAAUGCACUUAAUGUUCAUCUCAUUAUUCCUUUAAUGGGUUGAGUUUGUACAGUUUAAGGGUACAGUUGUGGGUUUGUAGAUCUGUUACUGUCAUAUAAAUAUAUGUGUGAGUGUUGUAUUAUGUACGGAUGUCUGUACAACUUUAACGUUUAUGUUUCCAAAUGAAUUCACUCAAAUUCCAACAAGGAGGGAUGCAAAAUAAUCCGUUAUGUGUCUUCAUUUGAAUUAAUUUGAUGACAUAUGUCCAAUAGAGAGUCAGGUGAAAUUAGUACAUUGUUUGUUCUAGAAUAAAUGAUUUUAUGUAUGCCGACCUUCAAUAUUUCUCUUGCACUUUUAAGCUCUGUCAUGUAGUCCCUGGUUUAAGAACUGAAAGGCAAACUAGGAGCUGAACCUGUUUGGUAUAUUUACCCAAUUUCAUUGAAUCCUAAUUGUAAUUUCCUUCACGAGACGUAAGUCACAUGUGGAGAACAUUUUUAUGUUUUUGCCCUUAGAUAACCAAAGAAAGCUGGUUUCAGCUAUUGAUUUUUGGUUAUUUCAAGUCUAACAGGAAGGCAAAUGUUUUCCCUAAUGUGACAAGUUCUGGGUAGAAAAAAAUGCUAACAUUUAUACCGUAAAUGUAUCAAUCAAAUGUAAAAGGCUGCUCCUCGAACUGUAAUUGUUGUAUUAGAUGUUCUACAAACAGGGAUUCAUGGCUUCUCAUACUUUCUAACACUAUGGCUUGGUUUAGGGUGAAUGGUAAUUAUUAGUUAGCAGAGUUCUCCGUUUUGAAAGUUGUUUUGAACUUUAUAACACUGAUCCGAUCAUGUCAUCUACCUGUUUUUUGUUUUUUUUAACAUGUUGAAUGCUGUUAAUGUAUGUCCAAGUAUGUAUGACACACGGAGGUAUGGCUCGAUGUGUGAAUGUGUUCAAGUGGGAAUGUGUGCAUGUCACUUUUCAUGUCUUAUUACUGGACCGGAAGAGAGAGUGGAUGAUGGCAAUCAAUGUAUUUAAAAUGAAGAAAUAAACAGAUCUAUCCAAAUA